AGAAUAGCUACAGAUUGUCCAUCCUCAGUCUGUGGAAGGGGCCAGCUGUGCCAGCUGGGUUGUGCCAGGCUCCUGGCAAGCAUGGAAGUAAAGCUUGGGACUGUCUUGCUGGUCUUGUGGCUCAGCCUGGCUCAGCCAGCUUUUGCCCGCAGGAAGCUCCUAGUGUUUCUACUGGAUGGUUUUCGCUCAGACUAUAUCAGUGAUGAGGCCCUGGAAUCCUUGCCUGGCUUCAAAGAGAUCGUGAGCCGGGGAGUAAAAGUGGAUUACUUGACGCCCGACUUUCCUAGUCUCUCCUACCCCAAUUACUACACCUUAAUGACUGGCCGCCAUUGUGAAGUUCAUCAGAUGAUCGGGAAUUACAUGUGGGAUCCCAGCACCAACAAGUCAUUUGAUAUUGGUGUCAAUAGAGACAGUCUGAUGCCUCUCUGGUGGAAUGGCUCAGAACCUCUGUGGAUCACUUUGACCAAGGCCAGAAGGAAGGUCUACAUGUACUACUGGCCAGGCUGUGAGGUUGAGAUUCUCGGGGUCAGACCUAAAUACUGUUUGGAAUAUAAAAAUGUCCCAACGGAUAUCAACUUUGCCAAUGCUGUCAGUGAUGCUCUAGACUCGCUCAGGAGUGGCCGCGCAGACCUAGCGGCCAUAUACCACGAGCGCAUUGAUGUGGAAGGCCACCACUACGGCCCUUCGUCACCGCAGAGAAAGGAUGCCCUCAAGGCUGUGGAUACUGUCCUCAAGUACAUGACCCAGUGGAUCCAGGAGCGGGGCCUACAGGACCUCCUGAAUGUCGUCAUUUUCUCAGAUCAUGGGAUGACGGACAUCUUCUGGAUGGACAAAGUGAUUGAGCUGAGCAAGUACAUCAGCCUGGAUGACCUACAGCAAAUGAAGGACCGAGGGCCAGUCGUGAGUUUGUGGCCAGCCCCUGGAAAGCACUCUGAGAUCUAUAACAAACUCCGCACUGUGGAACACAUGACGGUCUACAAGAAAGAAGCCAUACCCAGCAGGUUCUAUUAUAAGAAAGGGAAAUUUGUCUCCCCUUUGACUUUAGUGGCCGACAAAGGAUGGUUCAUAACUGAGAAUCGGGAGAUGCUUCCAUUUUGGAUGAACAGCACUGGCAAGCGGGAAGGCUGGCAGCGUGGAUGGCAUGGAUAUGACAACGAGCUCAUGGACAUGAGGGGCAUCUUCCUGGCCUUUGGACCUGAUUUCAAAUCCAACUUCAGGGCUGCUCCAAUCAGAUCUGUGGAUGUCUACAAUGUCAUGUGCAAUGUGACAGGCAUCACCCCACUGCCCAACAAUGGGUCCUGGUCCAGGGUGGUAUGCAUGCUGAAGGGCCAGGUUAACUCAUCAACAUCUCUCCAGCUGAGCAGCUGUGCACUGGCCUUGAUGCUCUUCUUAUUGUUUGUAUAACUGAUCAUACUGUGUGUCCCAAAACUUUGUCAGCAGAGUGUGCUUCAAAGGAGAACCAUAGUCUGUGUGAAUAAUAGCUUCCUUAACACAAUCAGGGCCAUG